AAGAAGAAAAAGUGAUCACAACGGGUACACCACGUGCCGCGCCAUGGCGUAUCACAUAAAGAAACGUCUGACGGAUGCUGUGAAGAUCCUUGGUUCAGGGGCCUUGGUGUUCACCUCCUACCUCACCGUCACCGGAGAUGAGCGUUUCUAUGCCAACCAGCUCAUGCCGCUUCUGCAGAGGAUCGUGGCAGCCGAGACUGCUCAUGUGAUGGCGGUGAAACUGUUGAGUCUGGGAGUGUCCCCGCUGAACUGGUACCAGGACCCUGCCUCUCUGGAAGUGACCGUGAUGGGCAGGAAGUUCCGGAACCCCAUUGGGAUAGCAGCGGGCUUCGACAAGCAUGGCGAGGCUGUCGACGGCUUGUUUAAAGUGGGCUUCGGCUUUGUAGAGGUGGGCACUAUCACCCCCAGACCGCAGGAGGGAAACCCAAAGCCCCGCGUGUUCAGACUACCGGCGGACCAAGCCGUCAUUAACAGGUAUGGGUUCAACAGCUGUGGUCUGCUUGAGGCUCAACAUAGGCUGAAGACUAGGGAGGCGUCCCAGCAGCUGCUUAGGAAAGCUGGCCUGCCGCUUGGCAUCAAUCUGGGGAAGAACAAACUUUCCCAGGAUGCAUCAGCGGACUUCAUGGAGGGGGUGCGGGUGAUGGGCCCCCUGGCGGACUACCUGGUGGUCAACGUGAGCAGUCCCAACACACCUGGCCUCAGAGACCUGCAGGGGAAGGCACACCUGCACACACUGCUUCAUAAGGUGCUGAAGGAGCGAGAUGCCCUGCAGUGUGAGAGGAAACCUCCAGUGUUAGUGAAGAUCGCCCCAGACCUCUCUCCUCAAGAUAUGCAAGACAUCGCUGAAGUCGUAAUAGAGCUGGGCGUGGAUGGCCUGAUGGUGUCGAACACCACCGUCUCCAGGCCCCCCACCCUCAAGGACCCUCGCUGGUCAGAGACGGGGGGUCUCAGUGGAAGGCCUCUUCGGGAGCUCUCCACCGACACCGUCCGAGAAAUGUUCCGGCUCACUGGCGGUAAGGUGCCGAUUGUUGGGAUUGGCGGGGUGGCCAGUGGCCAGGAUGCUCUGAAUAAGAUCCGAGCUGGAGCCUCCCUGGUCCAGCUCUACACAGCCUUCACCUACCAGGGACCCCCCCUGGUCACCAGGAUCAAACGGGAGCUACAUCAACUGCUGCAGGACCAGGGAUUCAGCUGCAUAGCCGAGGCGGUGGGAGCUGACCACCGUGGGGCGUCAGAGGCUCAGUCCCCACCAACACACGGCACCAACCAGGCACACCAGGCCCAAGAGACCCCGGUCUCAACAAUGGUACCCCUGGUACCAGCAGCCGUCUCUACCAGCUCCGCAGGCGAAGUGAACCAGGGCGCUGCAGCGAUUCCAAACCAAGGAGAGGCUUUCCGUACCGUCUGACAGACAGGGAAGUAGUCAGACUGACCCUUGACGACCAGCUGGGGAACGGCUCGUGGGUGUUGAAGGCUUCUGAACCACAUGCCAAAAAAAUACACCGUCCGUUUUGUUUUCUGCAGAGAUUUUUUUUUUUUCGGUGUUAAUGAAAUACAGGUCCUUUCAUUAUUCUGGGGUCCACAGACCAGCUGUCUGUGUAAGGCUUUAGUGUAACUAUGGCUUGAUAAAGUGAUCCUUGGGUGUCUUAUGGAUUUAGUUGUAGAUGGGUUUUCACGAUGCAAUACUACGUACCAUUUGAGAAUGAAUACAAAUGAAUGGCCUAACAUAAUCUUCUGGAUGAAGCAGUAAUUCCUCCAUAUAGUUGAUCACAAAAUAAAUAAAGUAUGAAUCAGAUAUACCGUUGUAAUAUUGUUAUUCAAAAUGCAAUGCAAAACUAGGGUAACCUGGACUUGGCUAUGGAUAUGUGCUAUGAAGACCUUAAUGGAUAUUGAAUUAACAUCAUACACUAGUCAGUUAUAGUAAGCAGUAGGCAUGUCAAACAUUAAACGUUGACUAUAAGGACCAGUUGGUGUCAGGUUUGAGAUUAAGGAUCUCACUCAAGGGCACCUGGUCGACCUCUCAAGGUGCUAGUUGAAGUUGUUGCAGCCAUAGGCCUACCUCAGGGCAUACAUUUUCACGGAAAUGUACCCAAUCUUGCGUGAGCAUACGCAGCUCAUCAUCAGUGUUUUGCUUUUAAUAGGACAUAGCCACUGAUGAAUGAAAUUACGUACUCAAAGCUGUUCUCUCCGUUAUGCGUGAAUGACGCUUCGGUACGCUGGUCAUUUACAUGUAAAACAGGCCUCAUUCUUUUGAUUGAGGCAUUAAUCAGAGGCACAUCUCCAUUACUGGAAGCAUCGCUAGAUUUAGGUGUAUGAUAGCUGGUCGUGUCCAAAGGUGGCUGAUUUUCAUUGUCCGUGAUAUCUGUUGAUGCGCUGGCCAUGUUGAGAAAAAUGUGCAAUGCCGACGACUGCUGAAUGUUUUUGUAUUCAUGGAUAGCGCCCACCUGCAACCUUUUAAAGGGGA